CAGUCGGAAUAGUUUAGCUGUCGGACUACGGACAACAAGCUAGUUAGCGGCCGUUGGAAACAAAACAGAGCGAGUUUUACUGAUUCUUUAUCAAACCUUCACUCUGUUUGGUCGGGUUCGUGGCUAAACGGCUCGUUUCCAGUUUCGACUGUUUGCCGUGCUCAUACAAAAGCUCAAAGUCUGCUAGUAAAGAUGGGGGUGCCGAAAUUUUACCGCUGGAUUUCUGAACGCUAUCCUUGCCUCAGUGAAGUUGUCAAAGAACACAAGAUUCCAGAAUUUGACAACCUUUAUCUGGACAUGAAUGGCAUCAUCCACCAGUGCUCUCACCCAAAUGACGAAGACGUCCAUUUUCGCAUCUCCGAGGAGAAGAUCUUUGCGGACAUUUUCCACUACCUGGAGGUACUGUUUCGGAUCAUCAAGCCACGCAAGGUCUUCUUCAUGGCUGUGGACGGUGUGGCACCAAGGGCAAAGAUGAACCAGCAGAGAGGACGCAGAUUCAGGUCCGCCAAAGAAGCAGAGGAGAAGAUUAAAAAGGCUCUGGAUAAAGGAGAGGUUCUUCCAACAGAAGCUCGCUUCGACUCCAACUGUAUCACUCCUGGCACCGAUUUUAUGGCGAGACUACAGGAACAGCUCAAGUACUUUGUCCACAACAAGGUGUCUACAGACAAGCUGUGGCAAAACGUCAAAGUCUUCUUGUCGGGUCACGAGACACCGGGUGAAGGAGAACAUAAGAUCAUGGAGUUUAUCCGUUCCGAGAACGCCAAACCGAAUCAUGAUCCCAACACCCGACACUGCCUGUAUGGCCUGGAUGCUGACCUGAUCAUGUUGGGCUUAACCAGUCAUGAGCAUAAUUUCUCCCUGCUCAGAGAGGAAGUCCGCUUUGGAGGAAAAAAAUCCCAGAAAAGAAUAACGGCUCCAGAGGAGACGACUUUCCACCUGCUUCAUCUGUCUCUGAUGAGGGAGUACAUCGACUACGAGUUCUCAGAGCUGAAGCGUCAUCUGGGUUCUGAUUAUGAUCUGGAGCGAAUAAUAGACGACUGGAUAUUAAUGGGGUUCCUCGUAGGAAACGAUUUCAUCCCUCACCUCCCUCAUCUUCACAUUAAUCAUGAUGCUUUGCCGCUGCUGUACAAAACUUACGUCAGCGUACUGCCCAGCUUGGGGGGUUACCUGAAUGAGAACGGCUACUUAAACCUCAGAAAUUUUGAGAAAUACCUGGAGAAACUUUCUGAGUUUGACCGGGAACACUUUAGCGAGGUAUUUGUAGACUUGAAGUGGUUCGAGAGUAAAGUCGGCAACAAAUAUCUGAACGAGUCGGCCGGUCUGGCAGCCGAGCAGGAAGCGGCGAUCCAAGCCGGGAGAAAGACGGAGGACUCUUCUAUUCAUCUCACCACCUUGACCUCAUCGGAAAAAGUGACUGAACAAGAAAAAGACGACGUGGCAGAUGAGGAGGAGGAGGAAGAUGAGAUGUUUGAAACAGAGUUCAGACAAUACAAACGGACGUACUAUAUGACCAAGAUGGGCGUAGAUGUGGUGUCUGAUGAAUUUCUCGCCAAGCAAGCCAAGUGCUACGUGGAAGGCAUCCAGUGGAUUCUUCACUACUACUACCAUGGUGUUCAGUCGUGGAGCUGGUACUACCCUUUCCACUACGCCCCGUUUCUGUCGGACAUCCGAAACAUAUCAGAGUUGAAGCUGACCUUUGACCUCGGGAAACCCUUCAUGCCUUUCCAGCAGCUGUUGGCUGUCCUGCCUGCUGCCAGCAAGGAGCUGCUCCCAGAGGGCUACAGGGACUUGAUGACCAGUCCAAACUCUCCCAUUAUCGAAUACUAUCCUCUUGACUUCAAAACUGACCUCAAUGGAAAGCAGCAGGAGUGGGAAGCUGUGGUGCUCAUUCCGUUCAUAGACGAGACGUGCCUUUUAGCAGCUAUGGAGCCUUUCAGUUCCAAACUGACGAAGGAGGAGAAGGCCAGGAACCGGCACUCAGAGUGCGCCAUGUACUCCUACGACCCAGACACGGACUUCACAUUCGCCUCCUCCCUGCCGAAGCUCUUCCCAAACAUCAUCCAUUGUCACGCUAGGGAAGUCCAGAUCCCCAUGGACGCCUGGCAUGUGCCGUCAGACCACGUCAGCAAGCGCGUCGACCGCUCCAAUUUAUACUUCUGCGGUUUCCCCACUCUGCACCACAUCAAGCACAAGUUUUAUAAGAAGAAGAGCGGAGUGGUCGUGUUCCAGCAGAGCAGCAGAGGAGAAAACAUGAUUCUGGACAUCCUUCCCAGUCAGGACGGGGAAACGAUAUGGGAUCAUGUAGCUGCAGACCUUUUGGGGAAGCCUGUGUUUGUCAACUGGCCCCAUCUAGAGGAAGCUCGUGUUAUUGCGGUAUCGGACGGAGAAACCAAAUUUGCUCUAGAGGAACCUCCUGGAGUCCAACAAGUAUACGACAGGCCGUCCAGUCCUCCACCCACUAAAGUGUCUUAUCUAUCUGACAAAGAGCAGAAGGACUGGGUGAAGGACGUCCAAGGAAUCACUGAACAUUUCUUCAAGAGGAAAGGCAUCGCAGUGAACGAGACAACCGUGCUUUUGUACGGUCAGAUGCUGACAGGAAGGAAGUACGUCCCUAAAGCCUGUGGAGUGGUGGAGCUGGAGAAACAGUGGGCCAAACAGGUUCUCCCAUUCGCCUACCAGACUGUGGUUAAGGACAUCAAGGCCUUUUACUCGUCUCUGACCUGCUUUAAGAGUUUGGAUGAACUUUUCCCUCCAUCAACGACAGUCUUCAUGGUGGGAAGCCCUUACUAUGGUGCCAUGGGAGAGGUUCAAGACUCUCAAGACGUCAUCAAAGACGGUCGGAUACGGGUGGUUUUCAGCGUGCCUCACGAGCCGCAGCUGGAGCACUUGAUCCAGAAUCAGCAUAAAUACUCAGUCAAGUACUGCCCAGGCUACGUCCUGGCUUCCCGCCUCGGCGUCAGCAGCUAUCUCGUCUCCCGCUUCUCGGGAAGCAUCUUCAUCGGCCGAGGCUCCAAGAAGAAUCCGUGCGGGGAGCAAAGAGCUAACGUUGGGCUCAACCUGAAGUUCAACAAGAAGAACGAGGAGGUUCCCGGGUACACCAAGAGAACGGAGAAAGAGUGGCUCUACUCUGCUGCCGUGGAGGAGCUGCUUGCUGAAUACCUGGACAGAUUUUCAGAAGUUUUCGAUGCAGUGUCCAGAAACAGUCACGACGACGUGUUCUACGAAGACGACAUCUGGCCGGGAGAGGAUCAGAACGGGGCGGAGAAGGUGGCUGAAAUCACCUCGUGGUUGAAGAGUCAUCCAGUCAGCUCCACCAGCCGGGCGUCAUGUGACCUCCAGGUUCUGGACUCCGCCAUUGUGGAGAAGAUCGAGGAAGCCGUGGAAAAGACCAAGGUGAAGAAGAGCACCAAGAAAGUCCGCGUGACGGUCAAGCCUCAUCUCCUGUUUCGGCCCCUGGAGCAGCAGCAGGGCGUGGUCCCAGACCCCGACGCCGAGUACCGGCUGUUUGACAGAGUCGUCAACAUCAGGGAGAGCUUCACCGUCCCACUGGGACACAGAGGGACGAUCAUUGGCAUUAAAGGAGCGGACCGCGAGGCUGAGGUUCUCUACGAGGUUCUGUUUGACGAGGAAUUUGCUGGAGGUCUUAACAUCAGGUGCACCUCCCCCCGCGGUUACCGCCUCCCUCCCUGCGCCCUCAUCAACCUGUCCCACGGCACCCGGCUGGACCACGGCUCCCACAAACUCACCGCCAUCGUCAAACCGCAACCAGCCACCAGCGCCAACUUCAACAUGCAGCGCCUGGCGGGCCUCAACCACUCGCCUCGCUCGCCCUUUGUACCCACCCAGCACAACAAGAACGCCGUGGCGCCUCAGGGUAACAAAACCCCAUCUAAAGGUCCCAACCAGAAACAACAAGUGAAGUCUAAGGAGGAGUACAGCAACGUGUGGCAGUCGCUCCAGAAGACCGGUCCUCCCAGCCAGCCUCCAGCUCACUGGCACAAUAAUGAAGCAGCUUUACAACAGGGAAAGAAUCAGCGUUCCAGUAAAGCUAUUCCAGCCAGUGGCAUCAGACUAUUAAAGAAAAAUGAAGACGUCAACUCAUUUUUCCCUCCAAAGAACACAGCUAAUAAGGGCACCACUGAGUUUGAGGUUCUCAUUGCAAACCUAAAGAUCUCCCAGGGCAACCAGCAAACCCCACCGCCUCCUGCCCCUCCAGAGGAACCCAGCAACCAGUCAGACGGCCCGUUGUCCCCCCAGUCCUUCGCCAUGAAAGGAACCCUGGUUCUGAAGGAGAUGCUGAAGAUCGACGGCGCUGGAAAAGGAAGUCCAACAUCCCAGGAGUCGGCAGACGCUGCUCCCUCUGCUGGCCAGCAGCAGAACAGAAGGCGAUCAAGCAAGAAGCUGGCUGCAAAAAUAAACAACCCUCCUGGCGAAUCCGUCACGCUGGCCCCUCCAGCGCCGGCUGCCUCUGCUCACGCCGCCCUGGGCGGGAAGGUGUCGGAGCUGGCUUGCUUCUGCGUGGGCGUAGGCAUGGCCCCGCCCGACUUCAGCUUUAUCCGCAACCGACAGGGUCCGGUAGUGUGUCAGGUGAAGCUGUCCAAUGGGUUAAUGAUUCACGGACCUCAGUGUCAGUCAGAAAACGAAGCUAAGGAGAAAGCUGCCUUCUUUGCCCUCCAAAGACUGAACUCUCUGGGCUCUGGGUUGCCCCUCCCUCCUCAUCUAUAUCCCGGGAUGGCUCAGAUGCAUCCGCCGCCGAUGGGAGCCAUGCCGCCAGUCUUCAGCCAGCAAGGUCAGUGUGUUGCUCUUAUCGUCUGCAUCAGGGAGCCUCAGUGGUGCUUAUGUGUUUAAAUGUGAGAGAUUCUGAUAUACUGGAGAAAUCCUCACAGCCUCACUUGGGCAAGCUUGGCUAAAUU